AUGGAUCCUUCAAAGUUUGGAAAAGAAUCGGAAAGAUAUGCUUUCUUAGUAACUUAUUAUGAUUCACUGGCGGGAUUUGAUCGGGAAUAUCAUUUGUUGUAUUAUACUUUCGACGAAACAAUCGAAAUGUACGAUGUAAAAACUAAAAGAGUAUUCCUUAAAAGAAGCAAGUAUCCAGAAGUUGCAUUAAAAGAUCUCUACAAGGGAGCAAUAGUCACAAUCAACAGCCGUCAACUCAAGGUAACUGAGUAUAGUGAUGAUUUUACCAAAAACAACUUCGGAAGCAAAAAGAAAUACACAUUGGCCAUGAUAAAACCUGAUGGAGUUGUUCAUAUGGGAGAAAUAAUUGACAGAAUAUGCAAAGAAGGAUUCCAAAUUUCAAAGAUGAAAAUGACGCAACUAAGCGUUGAGUUAGCUCAAAAGUUUUAUGCAGUUCACAAAGAAAAAUCCUUUUAUAAUACAUUGGUAGCUUAUAUGACUAGUGGCCCAAUUGUCGCAUUGGAACUUGUAGCUGAGAAUGCAGUUGCUAAAUGGCGAGAGCUUAUUGGGCCAACUGACUGCGUUCAGGCAAGACAAGUCGCUCCAAACUCUAUUCGAGCUCUGUUUGCUACAGAUAAAACUCACAAUGCGGUUCAUGGCUCAGACUCAGAUGAAAAUGCAGAAAUUGAAUCCAAGUUUUUCUUUGACAGCAAAGGAGAAAUUCCUGCCACUGCUACCUUUGAAAAUUGCUCUCUUGCAAUUAUACUUCCUCAUAUUGUUUCAGAAAAAGCGGCAAUUGGUCAAAUUAUUUUAGAUAUCCAAAAAUACGGGCUUGAUAUCUCAGCCUUAGAACUCUUUUCUUUAGGAAAAACAGACGCUUCUGAUUUUUUGGAAGUUUAUCGAGGAGUAACACCAGAUUUCCAAAAAAUGGUUCUAAAUUUAUGCUCUGGACCAAUAAUCGCUAUGGAAGUCACGUCAAAACAGUCCAUUGAUGUUGUCACAACUCUAAGAAAAGUAUGUGGUCCUCCAGAUCCAGAGUUAGCUCAAGCUUUAAGACCUGACACGAUUAGAGCAAAGUAUGGAGUUGACAAAAUCAGAAACGCAAUUCACUGUACUGACCUUGAAGACGAUGGCGUUUUGGAGGUUGAAUUUUUCUUCAAUUUAAUGCAACAAUAA